AUGAUACUGUGCUUUAUAUUAUCGCCAGUCAACUCGUCCACAUCCACCAACUUUCUGAAUGACGGUAUAUGUAAUCCAACAAACACAGUCACAUGCCCGUGUUCGCGUCUCACAAAUGACAGAUUGAUGGUCAACUGUAGUUCAAAGGGAUUCAGUGAGGUACCCUCAGGCUUCCAGAACGCCUCAGUGCUGCUGUUGAAAAACAAUAUCAUUACAUGGUUGAACGCAGGAAACUUCAAGGGUCUUCAUUACCUAGAAACAUUGCAUAUCAGUGACAACAGAAUCAAAACCAUAGCGACUGGAACAUUUGAUUAUCUUUACAGUCUGCGAACCAUAAACUUACAAAACAACCUUUUAACCCGGAUCGAAUCUACCACGUUCCAAAACUUGCCUAACCUUCGAAUACUGGAUCUUACGAACAACCAGAUCGGCAGAGUAAUAGGCGACGCCUUCGUGACGCUCACAAAUCUGAAACAGGUCGCAUUUACCGGAAAUGGUCUCAUUUGUGAUUGUGAAAUCCGGAAGUUUUCACAAUGGUACGGAAUCAUGGGAACGUACGACGUUGCGGUACUUGAUGCGCAUUGUGCUGACAAAAAUAAUCUCCCCAUCCAGGAUGUGACCGACUUCGGUGUAUGUACAGGACAAGAUCUCUUUGGUCAGGAUAUAUCUUGUGAGUUCUGUGAACAGAAAAAGAGUGAGCGGCUGUGUGAAUCUCCUGUAGCAAUGGAAGCGGGUUGUCAAAGUUCGGAUCAACCAGUGUGUUAUUCCAAAAUGGCGUUCACGUCAACCGGCCUGGAGCUAAAUAAAGGAUGUGAGUCGUAUGUCUCUUGUGUGGGAAAGGCUCGAAUUACCAACCCGCAAUGCUCCGGGAGAACAAACGUGCAAUGUACUUUCUGUUGUCUGGGAAACCAUUGCAACGACGACAAUACCGGAAACCGCUUGAGGACGGUGACGUUUGCCUUGACAGCAGAAUUGUAUGGCGAUGUUGCUGAUAAUCUGUUAAUUGGAGGUUCCGUGUUUUAUGUCGCUGUUCAAUCCGCAAUUGCAAAUAUUUUAACCAAUCAGUCAUUGGGAUCAUAUCACGUGAUCGUUCACAGCAUCGCGAGAUUAGGGCCCGGAGAAUUGACAGUUUCUGCCAGCAUUGAGUGCUACACAAUAUACGAAAUGCAGGAAGUCGAGUUAUAUAGCUUUAUCUAUAACGAACUUCAAAAAACAGCCCAGUUACACGACAAAAAGGUUCACAGCUGGGCACUUGAAAACCCAACACUGUGUCCUGCUGAAAAUGUUGCCAGUCCUAAAGGAACGUUUUCUUGGACUUUUGCUGAAAUAGGUGAAACACAGAGGGUCGUUUGUCCAAACUACACAGGAAACAGUUUCAAAUAUGCUUACAGAGAAUGCCUGAUGGGACUUAACAAUGUCGCAGAGUGGUCAGCCAUGACUGUUAAGGAUUGCCUUGACUACACAGCACCAGCAACGACGACAUCGACGACGACGACGACGACAACAACAACGACGACAGCGCCACCUGUUAGCACGACGGCCAAUCUAAUACAACUGUCUCGGGAACCGGCCACAGACGUGAAUGCCGAUGACCAGGCCACUAAGCUUGCGGAAAUAUCGGGGGCCUCCGAAACCUACAGCAGUGAUGAUGUCAAGUUGACGAUCGAUAAACUGGAGGAACUAAUCAACCUUAAUAGCACCCACUUCUCCUCACAAAGGGAAGCAAACAUCGCGAAGACUAUGAGUAACUUCCUGGAUACUCCAAAGGAGCAGUUAUCAGUUGCAGAAAAGGAUUCGAACAGCCCGACUAGGUUUUUGCAAAUAGUUCAGACGUUGGUUGACAGAGCUGAAACAAACAGUUUCACCGCUGUAAAUCCUAAUUUGGCAUUGUUUUCAAGAAGAGGAAUUACAUCGUCCAGUUUCAAUGGUUACACUAUUCAUUCUAACAGCCAGCCAGGGGAAAAGUUUGCUCCAAAUUCGGUCCAAGUACUUGCAGGGACACAUAAUACCAGUGACCAGUCUUUCUUAGUCUUACCUGCCGAUCUCCCUCAAUCAUUGACUGCCAACCAACGGGCGGCCAUAUCUAAAAUAACAUUUGCAGCUUUUGCCGAGGAUAAAAUAUUCUCAGCCAUAACAGGUGAUCUUCCACUGGCGUCCGGCGAUCCACAAGUGGGCGAUAACUCCAAUUUUAUUAGGGGUCCCAACAGUCUAAUAAUGGCUGCCUCUAUACCUAACGUUGAUGUCUCUGGUCUGCAAAGUCCGGUCCUACAGCGUUUUGUUCAUACUGAUAAGAAUUCUAACAACCCUGAAUGCGUCUUCUGGGACGAAAGUUUACAAACCAUAUCAAAAUGGUCAAACCAAGGCUGCUUCAUAUACGAAACUGUGAACAACUCCCACACCACCUGUGCAUGUGAUCACCUGACCAACUUUGCAUUAUUAAUGGAUAUUUACGGUACAGGUGGAAACCUCAGUGAAGAGAACAGGCUUGCCAUGUCUCUAAUUUCCUAUAUCGGAUGUGGGAUUUCCAUAUUUGGUCUUUUACUGACACUCAUUACGUAUUGUGCUUUCAGAAAACUACGUACCAGUAACCCGUCGAAGAUUCUCAUCAAUCUGUGUAUUGCCCUGAUUUCGGUUAAUAUAAUCUUUAUCUUGGGUCAGCAAAAAUACACCCUGGACAACUCCAUUGCUUGUAAGGUGGUGGCGAUUUUGCUUCACUACUUCCUGUUGUCCGCUAUGACGUGGAUGGCGGUGGAAGCUUUCUACAUGUACCUGGCUCUGGUCAAGAUAUUUAACACCUACAUCCGGCGUUUUCUCCUCAAGUGUUGCCUGGUAGGAUGGGGUAUACCUGUUGUGGCGGUGGCGGUGACGUUAGGAAUUAACAAGACGGAUAACUACGGAAAACAAGCUGGAGACAUAUGCUGGCUGAAUCCUAUACCAUUCUACGGUGCUUUUCUGGCCCCAGUGUUGCUGAUUCUCGUCCUCAACACCAUCGCAUUUGUGUUGGUAACGCGUCAACUGUUUGGAAUGUCGUCCAAAAAGAUUACCAAGUCGGACAAAUCCAGCACUGUAUCCCGACUCCGAGGGGCUGUGGGCGUGGUCAUCCUUCUUGGUCUGACCUGGGUGUUUGCAAUAUUUGCUGUCGGUGGCAUCGGUGGAAUAAUUAUCCAAUAUUUGUUUACCAUCUUAAAUUCACUUCAAGGACUUUUCAUCUUCAUUUUUUAUUGUUUUCUGCACAAAGAGGCAAGGAAGAAUUGGGCGAGAACGUUACCUUGUUGUGACGCUUCGGACGAGAAGGGAAGCACACAGACCAGUAAAGGGGAGAAAGGGAAAAAGUACACCCCAGGGUACAAUUCCAGCAGCUCUCCGUCCUCUAGAAAUGGCACUGCCUCCUCUGCUGACUUUUCUGACAUAAGUAGGAGUACCAGCCAAAGUGACUUCGGCCCACAAUUUCCAUCGACCGAGCCUACACGAGGAAGAUUCCCGUCAUAUGCUGAUUCAACAGUAUAA